CGUGGCUCUUACUCGAUGCGGUCUUCCCCAGAGGUCAACUGCCACUCCUCCGUCGGCCAUCAAAGCUCGACCAGCUCGAUCAGCUCGACCAGACUCACCUACCUGCCUCACUACAACCCACCAAAUUCAUUUUCUCCCCGACUUCAUAAUCAAUAUGAACCACAUGCGCGGCCUCGUCUCAACGGCACAGGCCUUGCGUCAGACCUUUAUCGCUCCUCUUCGCACUCCCAAAACAUCGUUUGUGCAGCCAUCGUCGUUCUGCAAUGGAUUCCUGCCACGUGAUUUCCACCAGUGCCCCCGCCUCGCGCUGCCUGUCGUACGAACGCCAAAUGCUCCGACACUGACCAAGGACGAAGCUAUUGGCACUCGGUUGGUACAACUAGUUGACGAGGAGCAAAAUCUCACGCCUCCUCGCAGACUAGCUGAGGUUCUCGAUUCCUUUGACCGCAGCAAGUUUUUCCUGCUACAAGUCUCCCCUGCCGAGGGCGAACGACCGCCUGUCUGCAAAAUCCUGAACAAGAUGGAGGCCAAGCAACACGAAAAGGCCAAGGCGAAGUCUGCGAAAGUCGGGAAGGUUCAAACGAAGCAGAUUGAGCUGAACUGGGCCAUCGACGCACAUGAUCUGUCGCAUCGUUUGAAGCAGCUGACCAACUUCCUGGAGAAAGGUCGGAAAGUGGAGGUGAUCUUGAAGCGGAAGAGGGGCAAGCGCCCACCCACUGUGGAUGAAGUCAAGCAGGCCAUUCAGAGUGUACUGGAUACUACAAGGGAAGCUGGCGGUACCCAAGUUAAGGCAAUGGAGGGAGAGCCAGGCAAGCAGGUGAUAAUUACGGUCAAAAAGGAGACCUAAAUUACUGUGAGAAAAGGAGCAGGCUUCUGUAUGGCGCGUUCAGGCUGUCGUGUCUUGUCAAAUAUAGCAUUAUUUACCUGACAGCUAGCAUUAUAAGGUGUAUCAAUUGCAUUGACAAUGCGUCUCCGCGCUAUAGAUGGAACUUGG